AGUCGAUUGUUUUCACCUACCACCUCCAUGCCUAGUACAAAGACAACAGCAACAACAGAGAGGGAAGACUACGAUUAUCUCUUCAAAGUCGUGUUGAUUGGCGAUAGCGGUGUGGGGAAGUCUAAUAUCCUCAGCCGCUUCACUCGAGGGGAAUUCAAUCUUGAAUCCAGGUCGACCAUUGGGGUAGAAUUCGCGACGAAGUCAGUCCGCAUAGGGGAGAAGGUGGUGAAGGCCCAGAUAUGGGAUACAGCAGGCCAAGAACGGUAUCGUGCAAUAACAUCUGCAUACUACCGUGGCGCGGUGGGAGCCUUGCUCGUGUAUGAUAUCUCUAAGCGAUCAUCAUUCGACAACGCUGCACGAUGGUUGAAGGAGUUGCGUGAGCAUGCAGAUAGUGACAUUGUGGUCAUGCUAGUUGGCAACAAGUGCGAUCUAUCCCACUUGAGGGCGAUAGAGGAGGAAGAAGCGGAGAAGUUCUGUUCGGACAAUGAUCUAUUAUUCAUAGAGACCAGUGCUCUGGAGGCUACCAACGUGGAAGAGGCUUUUCAAAACAUCCUCGAGGACAUAUACAAGGUUAACUCGUCGAAGCCGACCCCAUCACAGGCUGCUGGUGCUGCUGCAGGCGAUCCCUCUAUGGUUGAACAACAGGAGCGGAUGCGAGUGCAGCUAGAAGGGGCUACCACUGGGGCACUGCAACAACAGCAUCAUCACAGCAAGUGCUGUUCCACUUCAUGAUGAUACUCAGGGAAAAUACGAUUAUUUCAACAGACGCGGGAGUCCCUUUGUGAGACAACCAAGGUCAUCAUGUAUGUUAAUAUACUGAACAGUCAUAAUCAUAAUCAUCAUCGCUAUUUUCGUUGAUGUCACAUACUGUGGCUCACACUGAUAUUCGGACUAUUCAUCGAAUCACAUCGCGGAUGCUCAGCAUACUCCUUCUGCAGUCGACUGUUAUUCCGAUGGUGAUGCUGUUGCUGAUGGAACCAUUUACAGUAUAAUUCUUAUU